UAAAAUAUGCCAGAAUAUAUCGUUUUAUCAUUCCGAAAACUUUCGUUUCAGAGAAUUAAAGCUGUCCUGAUAUUUCCUUUAGUAAUUCAAGCAAUGAAGGCUCCCUCUGAGAAAAAAUGCAAAUUAUCGUACAAACCGCUCCCUACACUAGCGCCAAAAUUAAAUAUGGCGCGACAUGUCGCUUUGAAGUAUGUUGUGAGUUUUACUUCUCAGGAUGAAACCCAUUCCGUGCAAAACCUUCUAAAGGAUGGAUGUUUCAAAAAAUGGCUGUCUAAUCCCAAAGAUAGAACUGGAAUAAUGGAAGGAGUAUUUCAGUUGGAUCAAGCAUCUGUGAUAUCGUAUUUAGAUAUUGGUUCACAUAUGUGCUCCAAUAUAGAAAUCCGUGUUGGAAAAUCUGAUUGGCCUCAGAGUCGGCAGUUUGAGCCAUUAAUAAGAAACAUCAAUUUAAUGACACUCUCUGAUGUUCAACUUGGUCGUAAUGUAGAUCACACAUCUAUGUUCAGUACUAAGGAUUUUUGUCCUGCAGCUUCUAAUGGCGUUUGGGAUCGUAUUCAUGUGAUUUGUCGACAGAUUUAUCGUAAAAAUGUCCAGUUUGGUCUCUCUUUCAUCAGAAUAAAAAGUAAACAUGUAGAUUCUUCAUCACAGUCACCUAAACAAACUGUUGAAAAGGAUAUAUCAAAGAAAAUAUCAAAUGAAAUGAUUCAGCAGCAUUUUUUCAAAAGCAAGCAGCCUUCUGUAUCUGAAAAUGAAAAACUUAAAGCCCAAUUAUUGAAAUUAUCCUCUGGAGAGGGUGGGCCUGAGUCGGUACAAGGAUUAUCUCGAACUGCUCAAAUGUUGCUUGCUGCUAAAGAAAAUGUUGGGAAAUAUUCUCCUGAAACUCGAUACAAAUCUGAUGGAAAAACUAAAAACAAUGUGUUAUUUUCAGAAACAGCUGCUCAAAGACAGAAUUUAACGAUAGAAGAAGAAAUGGAUUUAUUUAUAUCAAAGUUAAAAAUUAACAGGAAACAAUUACAUUCUGUUACCAUAGCUGAUCUACGACACCAGUUUGAAAAGAGGAAGAAGCGGAAAUUGACUGUUGAAGAGCGGAGCACUUAUGCAACCAAAGUCACUGACCAUAUCAAUAGUGUAUUUUCUUUGAGGGACUUACAUAAAAAGGAGAAGGUAAUUGACCAAAAGGAGGAAGAACAGCAGUCCAAGAGGCUUAAAAUUGAACACAGGAACCAUAACACAACAAGCAAUAACAUGCCAUUGCCUUCAGCUGCUUCAACAUCAAAAAGUAAUUUUUCCAAUUUGCAACAUAAAGCAACAAACUCAAUUGAGACAAAAGAAACUCAAGAAGGCUUGGGUGAUUUUCAGUUAGUGAUGGAUAUGCCUGAAGAUUUACCAAAGACCAUUAAUACUAAGAAUCAGAACUUAAAUACAUCUGAUAAUAAUUUUGAACCUUUGCUUCAAAAUGCCAACUUUUUAAAUUCUAGUGAAAUAUCAUCUGGUAAAUUAGAAGCAAUGACUAUUAAAAAGGAUUCUUUUGCUCUGGGUAAAACCAGACAUACCAAAACCUCUCCAAAAAAUUCGUUUUCAUCUUCAAGGGACCACACUGCUACAUCUAAUACAGAUAUUGGAGUGGAUCUUGAAGAAAUGGACUCUGAUUGUGUUAGUUGUCCACUCUGUGGAGAAUUAUUCCCAGGAGAUGUUAUUGAAAUGCAUGCCAAUGUGUGUGCUGAUAGCCAGCAGUUUGAAUUAAAUUAUUCUCCUUGAAUUGGGUAAUAACUGUUGUUUUGGGACUGUUAUAUUAUGUAAACACUUCAUUUUUAAAGUCAGUAACUCACAACUAUUACUACUCAGUCAAACCAACAGAUUUGAAAGCUAAAAGACACAGGUGAGAAAAUAAAAUUCACUUAUGAAACUAACAGAUGAAGUUAAUAUUGGAGAGAAUGAGAUAUAGUAAGACGGCUUUUAUCAACAAAUUCCAAGAUAUCAUCUGCAUGAUAAACUAAACUACAUGGUUGCUCAGUCUGCUAGAAACAGGAGACAAAUCUCCUUUGAUUCACACCCAACCAUAUUAAAGAUACAUUGAACAAUGUAAUCUUUGAUACUACACAAAAAGAUGACGAGGGAUCAUUACUGGAAUGCUUUUGAUCACAGGUGUACUUGACCAGGACUGAUCUGUUGUUAAACGAUGACUAAGUUGGUGUAAACUCAUACAGAAUGAAUUUUUGAAAAAAAAAUUGUUUCUACAGCAACAAAUACACAUUUCUUUGUAUUUGCUUUGCUAACACUUGUGUAACUUAUAGUGAGGGGCAAGUUACAUUUCACCAAGGACAAUCAAAAAAGCAAAAUUAAUUU